AUGGAUUCCCGCCGGUCACUACCAAACAACGCCUCUUAUCGCCUAGUUCAGCAGGAUACCCCUACGGCGGUCGAUGUCCUCCUCAUAGAUGCCACUCUUACGGUUGUCAAUCCGCCCCCGGCGAGCAACAUCAGAAGGAGAACAGUCGAGAAUUUGAGGAUGAGCACUGGCUAUUUUCACCCAAACCAGACCGCUUGCACUUACGGGUGGCCAGUUCCAGUCCCCCUUCCCGUUGCCAGGCGCGUCGGGCCACCGAAAAUGGAACAUGGGACAGAAGAUGACCUAAUCUCCCUCUGGUUAUCUGGUGUUUCUUGUCCAGACUGCUUGAAUGAAGAAGCCAAUUUGACGAGACAGAGCACGCCGGUUGGUCUUCGGAAUUCUGAAGAUAAUGUCAUGAUCUUAUCCAAGCCCACCUGCCCACGUAUUGUGCUACAACCUGCCAAGCGAACCCGAUCGCGUACACAGUCUCGGACGGGCCUCGAUGGGCCUCUCAGUUCUAACAGCGAUAGGGUUUCCAAAGCGCUGCGAGAUGAUCUCAGCGAUUUAAAAGAGUCAAGUCGUAGUGCAGGUCAAUCUGCUAGCUCUCAGAAGCUCAGAUCUAAUACUUCUGGGUCUAUCGAUUGGGAGAAGAGUUGGUAUAAAAGAAAGCCUCGGCGGAAACAUGAUGUGUCGGAGGCGUCAAAUCUUAGAUUGAUCUCACCUCCUAAUGCCACCCAUUUAUUUCCAGCGGCUCAUGAUCACAAUAAUCACCAGAUUAGUGAUAGUAGCGAUGGCGAGGAUGAUGUGUCAGAUGGCAAGUCUUGUUCGUAUCUCUCACAGCAUGACGCCCAGUUUCACGCCAUUCAACGAAAUGGUCUUCAUUCAUGUCCAGAACUUCACCGACAGUUGGACGAAUUUGAUAGGUCAUUAUCAAAAUUGAAGACUCGUGAAAAUCAAGAGCAGACUUCUCAGUCACGCCCUGAGCUUGACCAGGGUCGACAUCGACAUUUUCAUAUUCGUAACAUUGUUACUAAGCGCUUUCGGUCACUUGGCCAAAAGCUUCGGCAUUCGGGCUCUUCUAACUUUUCAAUCAGAUCCGAAUUUCCAGCGACCCCUGAUAGCAGAGAACGUCGGCUCCUUGCCCGCGAUUCGGCGGAUAUUUGGCCGUCAUCCGGCGCCGAAACUCCGUUGUACAACACCCCCGAGUCUGACAUUACUUUCACGCGUGCUACUGGACAUCACAUCGACCCUUUGGCAAUAGCUGGUAUGAUGAUUGCCACAGCAGAGCUCGAUCGACUCUCAUCAAGAGCAAGUCUAGACCAACUUUCUAGAACAUCUGGAUCUUCGACAGGUCUUUCAGGGAGUUCCCCUAUCUCGUACACGCCGCUUCACAGUGGGGUUACAAGUCCUGACAACGAAACGUCUGCAUCCGAGUUGGCUACCAUUGAUAUGCCUCCCACGAUGCCAUUCAAUACACCUGCAUCGUCCGCAUCACAAUCUGGUAUAGGGACCCCGGUGUCGAGGCCAUCACAGCGGCGCGGACACAGACGGAGGGGGCAGCGGAGUCGUCUAUCAGAAGUAACAACACCCGAUGAAGUCGCGUCACCAGCAGAAUCUGCCGAAGAAUCUGUGGAAAGGCAUUUUUCCAUCUCUUCCCAGAUUGACACACUUCCAGAAUGUUCUUCCAUUGCCAAUGGCGGAAACGAUGAUAACUUGUAUCCCAAGCCGUUGGCGAUCAACCGGGGAGACUCUGAAUCUCCAGGCAGCCCUUCGGGCCAGGCAACUCAUCCCCUCCCUCUCAUCGGGUCCGGUGGACCUGGGAGCCCGCAGGCCUCGGGAGACUCGAAAAAACUCAAUGUCCAUGAGGAGAUAUCUGCUCCUACUCGAGUCUCGUCGAUAGGCAAAACGCCCGGGCCCACGUGUGACCAAAAGGCCGCCGAGGACGUGAAACUGUGGCCUGCUGUUAACAUACCGCUCAAUGUUAGGCAUGCUGCCCUGUCUUCCACUGACCAGACCGACAUGAAGGCACCAAGAAUACCGACAGAAAUGUAUAUUUUUCAAAGGUCGAGUGCCAUUACUAUGGCUGUAGAUGACAUGUCAACCAUGACGCUUGAGACUGUCGAUACGCUAGCUAUGCGCGAGCCAAAGGAAAGAACAACUUCCGAUUCUUGCCAUCCAGAUACCUGGUCAGAGUCUCAAGGCGAGCCAGGAAACUCGGAUCCAUUUUGUCCUCCAGACUGUCUCAAAAGCGGGCGCAGCAGCCAAGAUAGCCACUUCAGGCCUUCAUUUCCCACGAGGCGGCAGGGCAGUAGCGAGACUGUUCGUAGGCUAGAAGUUUUUGAGAAGCCAGUCUCUAAUGGAGACGAUAGUUCUCAAAAAGAAUCAUAGCGUAAAGAUAGUACGGCCUAAGGCAUGUACGGGAAUAGGAAUAGAGUGCUUGGUAGAGGAAGAUGAUAGUGUUAAGCAGUAUUGAGUAUACGUGAGCAUCGGUGUAGUGAUAUAUCUUUCUUUAGUAUAUGGCAGACCACUGUAAGGC